UCCAAAGAGCUCUCAGGAUGAAGGCACACUCGACCAGCCUUAGGGUGAGGUUACCGGUGUUUGUGUUUGUCACAGAGGUGGUUAUCGUUGCCCUGUAUGCCAUCUUUGUUACCUACGAUGACCAUGCUGAUGCUAAAUUUCAAACCAACCAGACUAACCCCUUGGACAAUGCAAUGUACAGGGACUACCCUUUUUUUACGGACAUACAGGUAAUGAUAUUCCUUGGCUUUGGGUGCCUCCUGGCAUUUUUCCGUCUCUAUGGCUUUGGUGGGAUGGUUUUUAACUUCCUCACAGCUACUUUUGCAAUCCAGUGGGCCAUUCUAGUGCAGGGCUACUUCCAGUUCAACCAUGAUGGUAAGAUUCAUCUUGGAGUGAUUAACCUCAUCAAUGCAGAAUUUGCCUGUGCUGUGGUGCUGAUAUCAUUUGGGGCAGUGCUCGGGAAGACGAGUCCAUUGCAGCUGCUGGUCAUGGCUCUGCUGGAGGUGCCGGUGUUCGCGGUCACAGAAUGGGCCGUGCUGAAGUAUCUGAAGAUAAAUGAUGCAGGAGGGUCUAUUCUGAUUCAUCUCUUUGCCUGUUAUUUUGGCUUGGGUGUCACUUUCGUGUUGUACAGGCCUCAGCUAAAUGAAGGCCACGCAAAAGAGAACACCAGCUACCAGUCUGACAUGCUGUCUGUGAUGGGCACCUUGUUCCUCUGGGUCUUUUGGCCCUCCUUCAACUCAGCGCUAACCCUGAAAGGAGAUGACCAGCACAGGGCCAUCCUCCACACGUUCAUUGGCCUCAGUGCCUCCACCCUCACAGCCUUCGCUCUCUCUGCGAUGCUGAACAAAAAGGGUAAGCUCACCAUGGCCGAUGUUCAGAAUGUGACCCUGGCUGGAGGUGUGACGGUAGGUGCAACUGUGGAUAUGAUGAUAUCGCCUGCAGCUGCCUACGCUCUGGGUAUGAUGGGCUGCAUGGCAUGCAUGCUGGGCUACAAGUACUUGAGCCCCUUCUUGGCACAGCGCCUCAGGAUCCAGGAUCAAUGUGGAAUACAUAACUUGCAUGGUCUAACGGGACUAAUAUCCUGUGCUGCAGGUAUAUGUGCUAUACUGAUGGCUAGUGAGGAGGUUUAUGGCCCCAGUUUGUAUGAGAUCUUUUCCCACAGAGCACCUGUGGAAGGGGAUCCAAAGCUGCUUGAGCUCCAGAAGUUAGUCCCCAAUUUACAGCCUGGCUUAGGGAGGACCGCCCAUGAACAGGCUCUCUUCCAGGUCGCUGCAAUUUUCUCCACCAUAGGAGUGUCAGCACUAGGAGGUGUCCUGACAGGCUUCGUGUUGAAACUGUCAUGCCUCGCACCACCAUCAGACGAUUUUUGUUUUGAUGAUGAGUUGUUUUUUGAUGUUCCUCCGGACUAUGAUUCACCAACCAAUAACUCCAUUACAACAGAGGACUCUGCUGCCUGACACACCACACACACCAGGUGUUACCAGUGCAUUUGACUGAAGAAGAACAUGUAAAUAUGCCUAUAUUGGUGGGUACAGUUGCAACACUUUUCGCAUUUUGCGCAAUUAUUCUGAGAAUAUUUACAUUAGACCAACUCAAUUUAAAUAUAUAAAAUUCAUAUCUGCCAACUCAGUACCCACAUUACUAAAAUAUUUCUACACAUGAUUGGAAACUCAGAAUUUGCAUUUGAAGAGAAGACGUAACGAAUGGCAACUGACUCCAUACUUGCAACAUCCAUUACAAUGCAUUCAAAUUGAACCAAUGAGAUUUUAUUUUACCUAUCAUAUUAUUCUGAAUGUUUGAACUGUUUCACAAAGAAUGUGCUAUAUCUAUUAAAUCUGUCUGGGGAGAGGUUAACUGGGAAAUUUACAUUAUUGAUUGGAGGAAUUAAACACUUACCCCACCAUUACUUUGACAGUGUGUUACAGUAGUUAUUGCUCCCAUUGCAUUGUAAAUAGAUUGAACUUGUGAUCAUAAAUAGCAAUGAAACACUGUCCACCACUAUUUAACAAUGAAUGUAUUAUUUAUUGUCCUACAUGAAAAUAUAAAAGGAAAUUGAUUAUGAGAGCUCUCUUGGCCAAUAUGUCGCUGCUCUUAUGUGUCACCAGUUUGUGAUGAGAAAUAAAUUGUGUUAAACUGUG